GGCUCCGAUCCGUUAGGGGUUUAAGACCGAAGUCACCAAACCCUAACUGCCUCCUCUCUUCCAUAUCUCCACUCCUCCCCUCCAUUCGUCCGCUUCGUUUGGGUUCGUCGAGGGCGCGGCGCGUGAGUCAUGGAUAGGUACCAGAGAGUUGAGAAGCCGCGGCCGCAGUCGGCGGCCAUUGGCGAGAACGAGAUCCGAAUCACCACCCAGGGGCUCAUCCGCAACUAUGUCAACUACGCCACCAGCCUUCUCCAGGAAAGUCAUAUGAAAGAGAUCGUCCUAAAGGCAAUGGGACAGGCAAUCAGCAAGACAGUAGCUGUUGCUGAGUUUGUCAAGAAAAGGUUUCCUCAUCUGCAUCAAGAUACCGUGAUAAGUUCUGUUAGCAUUACUGAUGUUUGGGAACCCAUCGAGGAGGGUCUUGUUCCAUUGGAGAUGACACGCCAUGUUUCAAUGAUCUCAGUAGCUUUGUCAACCAGAGAACCCAACAAGAAGGGCCCUGGGUAUCAAGCUCCGGUACAUGUCCAGCAGCCAAAGCAUCAACAGAAGUUUCAGCAGCCACAGCAAUCUCAACAGCAGCAACAAUAUCAGUACAGACAGGCACUUGGUCAACUUAAUGAAGAUUCAUAUGGCCGAGGAAGUGUUAGAGGUAGAGGAAGAGGAAGAGGCUGGGGAAGAGGAGGAUAUGGUGGGUAUGGUGGAUAUGCCAAUAAUCAGGGUGGUUAUGGUGGAUAUAACAACAAUCAAGGAGGAUAUGGCGGCAACUACAAUCAAGGUGGAUAUGGUGGCUAUGAAAACAACCAAGAAAAUGGUGGAUGGAACUCAAAUUGGAAUCGAGGUGGUGGACGUGGUAGAGGAGGUUGGAAUUCACGUGGUGCAGGAUAUGGUGGAAGAGGAGGUGGUGGAAGAAAUGGUGGCAGGGGUUAUGGAAAUGGGCGAGGAAGGAUGGGUGGCCGUGGGAGAGCAAACUAGUUUUAUCUACAGUGUUUGGCUUGUGGUCUUCUUGUCAAUGCAUCGCUAAUCUUAGGGAAUAUAAUCAUCCAACGUCUUCUGAGUUUAUUUGAGAACUUGUUUCGGUGAUAAGCAGACCGGAUUUAUGUUUAUACAGUUGUGGUUGUUCAAUUCAGCUUUAUUGCUCCAGUACUACUGCGAUGUUGUAAUCCAUUUCAUUCCUCCCUUCUUCU